UACUUCAUUGUCAGGUGAAUACGCCCAUGUUUCACUCAUUAGCUCCGCCCUCGUCUCUUUGAGGAGAUGCAGGGAGCAUAUUGAUCGAGAAGGAUACUUCAUUGUCAGGUGAAUACGCCCAUGUUUCACUCAUUAGCCCCGCCCUCUUCUCUCUCAGGAGAUGCAGGGAGCAAUUGAUCAAGAGGGAUACUUCACUGUAUGGUGAAUACGCCCAUGUUUCACUUAUUAGCCCCGCCCUCUUCUCUCUGAGGAGAUGCAGGGAGUAAUUGAUACUUCAUUGUCAGGUAACUACGUCCAUGUUGCACUCAUUAGCCCCGCCCUUUUCUCUCUGAGGAGAUGCAGGGAGCAUUUGACCAAGGAUACUUCAUUGUCAGAUCGUUGCUGGGUGCUGAGGAGAUGCAAGCCUUAGGAUCAGCCAUUGACCGGGAUGAGGGCAUACGGGCCCACGCCUUCGAUAUUGGCGACGGGGAGGGACGAAGCAGUAAGCUCUCCCUCUGGAGCCACCCAGGAUCUGAUGUGACAGGCAUGCUAGCCAGGUGCGAAAAAGUGGCGGGUACCAUGGAAAAGGUUCUCGGAGGAGAAGUCUAUCACUACCACACAAAGCUUAUGAUGAAGGAAGCUAGAACGGGUGGCUCGCACGUGUGGCACCAAGAUUACGGUUACUGGUACAAGAACGGGUGUCUCUUUCCUGAUAUGGGAUCAGUUUUCAUCGCUAUCGAUAAAACGGACAAGGAAAACGGAUGCUUGCAGGUGAUCCGAGGCUCCCAUAAGCUCGGACGCAUUGAGCAUAUAAUGGUCGGGGGCCAGACGGGGGCUGAUGUCGCACGGAUCGAGGAAGCAAAGAAGGUGUUGGAGCUUGUGUACGUCGAGUUGGAUCCGGGCGAUGCUCUUUUCUUUCAUGCCAACGUGCUACACAAGAGCGAUCGUAACGAUAGCGACAGGCGGCGAUGGGUGUUCAUCAUAUCCUACAAUCGAGCCAGCAACAAUCCGUUUAAGAAACACCACCAUCCGUGCUACACACCACUUCACAAGGUUCCGAACUCGGCGAUUCUCGAGUGCAAAAACAUCGAUGACAUCACCGGCAAGGAUUUCAUGGAUCCUUCAACGGAUGAAACAAUCAAACCAGAAAAGAAAUAAGCAUUUGAAAGUUGAGGUUUUUUUUCUUUACAUGUGCUGCGAUAUCAGGUUAAUGCUAAAAAUAAUUGCAAAGAAAAGAAAAGUAUGCAGUGCAAUGCAAUAGCUCCAGGACACCCUAUCUAAUGUAUUUAACACUUGAUGGCGGUUUGACUUCACGAUGUCAACAAUCCGACUGAUAACAAUAAUAUGACAUUCCAAAAUAUGAAAGGCUUCACACGUGAUCAACACACUACUUUUCAAGGGACCUACCCAACAAAUUCCUGCCAUUUUCCCCCCAACUUUUCCCAGGUCACCUUUUUUUUCUUGACAACCGCGCAUUGAAAACAAAUUCCACACAUUGUGCGUGACUUGGCGCUCGACCAAAAUACAACAAUACGAAUGAUUCCAUCGGGGAACAAAAUCCUUCCAAAUUUGGCAAUCUCACCCAGGCAAAUAUAACAAAUCUCAAAACCUGGAAUUGAACCCAACAAACGUGCCUGGAGUAUCCUAUCAAUACUAAUAUGCAGUGACUUUAUUUCCUUCAAAUCCCUCUGUUUUGGGAUUAAAAAUAUUGAUCGGUUGGCACUUUAGGAAAUAUCCAGAGAAUCUAUGGGUGUUUUUGUUUUAUCUUUGUCUUAUCUCUCUCAUUUCUAUCUCUAAAUUGUCACAUAAGCAUCAUAAAGAACUACUUGGCUGAUCAGCAUAAACAGAAAAAGUGUUGCCAAGAAACUUAAAAGUAAUCUAUAACUGUAAUGUUUUCAUCCUGUGGAGGCAAGCGAACUUGAUCUAAACUACCAAAUAUGGUUUGUUCGUGUGAAACAUAACAAGGUGAAACAUAGCGGAUGGUAAAAUUUGCUGAUGACAUGUAGAACUGAGAUAAGGAAGAAAUGGAAAGGCAAACAAUCCAACCAACAAAUCAAUAGGCUAGACUAUACAAGGUGAGUAAAAAAAAAA